AUGUCAGCCCUCGUAGCAGGCCCUCGCCGCCGGCGCGAGCGUCUCGAAGGCUUGAACACGCCAGUUACAGCGAGUACUCGUCGGCCUACUCCCCGCAACUCCCCUCCACGCGGUGAAAAAAGUACUCAAGAUGCCACCCACACCUGCUGCGACGCGCCAGAUAUUCAGAGCCUCGAUGGUGGAGGUCAGGAAUGUGCAAACUGCGGUGCACAAUUCAACCUCGAGAGUGAACUUCGCGCCGAGAUCACCUUCGGAGAGACAUCUACAGGUGCUGCCGUCGUCCAAGGUGGCUUUGUCGGAGAGAACCAGCGCUAUGCAAACACCAUGGGCGGGACCGUGCGCGGCCUACCUGGCCUCGAAAACCGAGAAAAGACAUUGCGCAAAGGCGAACAAGAGAUCAUCGGCCUCGUGGCGGCUCUGAACUUGCGCGAGGUCGUCAAAGACAUGGCAUACAGCCUCUACAAGCUUGCAUCGAUCAACAACUUUGUCCAGGGCCGCCGAAUUCGCAACGUCGCUGCCUGUUGCAUCUACCUUGCCGACCGCAAACAGAGAGAGUCAACCCUGCUUUUGAUGGAUUUGGCGGAGAGGAUCCGUGUCAAUGUUUGGGUACUUGGAGACACGUACAAGCAGUUUCUGGCAACCAUCAUGGACACCGACCCGGCCAGCGUGCAGGGUAUCGAUAAGGUGCCGCAGCUUGAACCGCUCGUUCUGAAGUUCUGCCGGAGACUAGAAUUUGAGAGCGACUCCUACAGGGUCGCCGAGGACGCUUGCAAGUUGCUGAAGCGCAUGCACAGAGACUGGAUGGUAGAGGGACGGCAGCCCGCAGGGCUCAUCGGGGCCGCCAUCAUCAUUGCGGCGCGCAUGAACGGCUUCCGUCGGACAGUGCGAGAGGUUGUCUACUGUGUCAAGGUGGCCGAUUCGACAAUCAAUCAGCGCUUGACCGAAUUCAAGCGUACCAAAAGCUCCAACCUGACUGUUGCGCAAUGGCGAGAGUACGGCCUCCGUUUGAAGGACAACAUGCUUCCCCCUGCUAUAUAUAAGCGUCAGGAGAAGGAGGAGAGUAAAAGAAAACGAGCAGCUGCUCUUGCGGGCCAGCCUGAUGAUGAAGAUGUUACAGCUGAUGCAGAGGUCGUCCCGAGAGCCGCAGCGCCCGCCAAGACGGCCAGCAAGAAGCGAAAAACAUCCAACGAUAAUACUCAGCCAACGUCUUCGGGUCCGCCUUCAGGUCCGGCGACUGGAGAUGCUGAUGGCUUCCUGAUCCCAGAUAUCCAGGAUGGGGAGGAGUUGACUCUCCCAAAGAGGCGAGGACGCCCAUCUAAGAAGCUUGCACCCAUUGUGAUCGCCCCGGAAGAUCUUGAAAUCGAAGCCGAUAUUGAGAGAGAAGUCAGGGAGAACAUACGUGCAUGGGAAGACAUCUUUUCGGAAUUCAGCACCAACGACAACCACCCUGUGCUUCGGGCCGCGGGAGACAAGGCACAAUUGCUUGUCAAAGAGCAUAUGCCGAACGGGAACAUCCGACUCACCGAGGAGGUUGGCGAAGAUGAAUUCGAGGACGACGAGGAUGUCCGGAAUUGCCUGAAUACGCCGCAGGAGGUGCUCCUGAAGGAGAAGAUCUGGACGACACAGAAUGAAGAUUGGCUCCGUGCUCAGCAAGCGAAGCUGCUGGCCAAGGCACUCGAGGAGGCCAGCGGCAAGACGAAAAAGCCGAAACGCAAGUACAAGCGCUCGGUCCUGGGUGACGGAAGUGUGCUUGGCGGUAAACCCGCAGCUAGUUCUGCCGAGGCGGUGGAGAAGAUGAUGCAGAAGCGUGCGAAGUUCAGUUCCCAUAUCGACUACGCAAAACUGCAGGAGUUUAUUGGACCGGGUGAGCAGACAGGGGAGGAGAGCAGCCCGUCGGCUGGUACUCCCGCUGAAGCCGCGGCGACGCCUCAAGCAGCUCAGCAGAAGGAAGUGGUGGAGAUCCAGGAUAAAGGCGAUGAGGAAGUUGAGGAAGAGUAUGAAGAGGAGGAAGAGUACGAGGAGGAACCGUUGGAAGACACGGGAAUGUACAUCUCAGAUGAAGACGUUGGGUUCGAGGAUAUCCCGGAUGACUUCUAA